UGCCUAUGCAUUGGCAGCAUUAAUAAACUUUGUGUUCUUGCUCAACAACAAACGCUCAAGCAACAUGUUCAAAUAUUUGGUAUUUGCUGUGGUCGUGGCCUGCGCUGCUGCCGCUCCUGGCUACUUGGGUGGUCUGCAUGGCGCUGCGUUGGCGCCCGCACCUGCCAUUUCGUAUGGCCACUCGCUAGCUGCGCCCGCUUACGCUUCGUAUGGCCUGGCGCAUGCUCCGCUGGCAGCUGCUCCUGCCUAUGGACACUAUGGAUUUGCACCCAGAGUUAGCUAUGCCGCGCCAGCUUUGGCGCACGCUCCGCUGGGACUAGCGCAUGCGCCGCUAGCUGCACCUUUGGGUCUUGGCUAUCGCUCCUAUGCUGCGCCUGCUGCUUUGGGUCUAGCUCAUGGCUGGUAGUUUGCCCCAAUUCAAAUUUCAAAUUCCAACUGUUGCAUUAAUAAAAAAAACUUUUUUUCAUUGGA